AUGGGCGGGGGCGGGGGGCGCAGCUCGGGCGGCGGGAGCGACGGCAGCGGCCAGACAGCCCAGCUCCGCGAAGGCUCCGGCGCGCGCGGCCCGCAGGCACCCGGCACGCGCCCUCCCCGCCAAGAUGCCCAAGAGGAAGGUCAGCUCGGCCGAAGGCGCGGUGAAGGAGGAGGUAGCCCAAGAGGAGAUCUGCGCGGCUGUCAGCGAAACCUGCUCCUGCGAAGGUGGAGGCGAAGCCCAAAAAGGCAGCAGCAAAGGAUAAAUCUUCAGACAAAAAAGUGCAACCAAAAGGGAAAAGGGGAGCAAAGGGAAAACAGGCCGAAGUGGCUAACCAAGAAACUAAAGAAGAUUUACCUGCAGAGAAUGGAGAAACUAAAACUGAGGAGAGUCCAGCCUCUGAUGAAGCAGGAGAGAAAGAAGUCAAGUCUGAUUAAUCAUAUACCAUGUCUUAUCAGUGGUCCCUGUCUCCCUUCUUGUACAAUCCAGAGGAAUAUUUUUAUCAACUAUUUUGUAAAUGCAAGUUUUUUAGUAGCUCUAGAAACAUUUUUAAGAAGGAGGGAAUCCCACCUCAUCCCAUUUUUUAAGUGUAAAUGAUUUUUUUUAAGAGGUGAAAUCAUUUGCUGGUUGUUUAUUUUUUGGUACAACCAGAAAAUAGUGUGGGAUAUUGAAUUAUGGGAGGCUUUGACUGUCUUGGGUGUCAGCUUAACAUUCCAUAGAUGGGGGUUAGUUUUUAUAUCCUAUAAUAUAAAGCAUACUAAAUGGCAAUAUGGAGUCCCAGGCCUGCAUUUAAUGUCUUGAACAUUUUAAAUUACUUCUAUUCCCAUGUUUUUUAGUAGACUUGUUUCCUAAAGAAAACCACUCCUUGAUCAUGGCUGUCUCUGUCAGAAUUGCAUAUAUUCUGUAACAUCUUUGGUCGUGGUAGUCCUGUUUUUCUAAUAACUUUGUUAAUGUGCUGUGAAAGAUUGAAAAUUUGAGUAUGUAGUAUAUAUGAUAAUAAAUUGUGAAUUGGUGGGACUUAUGUAACAGCUUAUCAACAUUUGAAGAUACAGGUACUUGAUACCCUCUUAAGGAAAAUUUGUCUCCAAAUUUUAAGCUGGAAAGUCACUGGAAUAACUUUUAAAAAGAAUGAAAACAAAUGGCUUUUUAGAUUUUCGGUACGUAUGUUAAGAAUUGUGUACAAUUUGAAAUGUCUGUACUGAUCCUCAACCAAUAAAAUCUCAAUUACAAAAGAAUAUUUUGAAGCACAUGGAUUAAGUUCUGGCUUAAAUUUUAUUCUGAGAAUUUCCCCAUUUGGUCUUCCAAAGUUUUUUUAAAGAGUAAAAUAUUGAAUUUUUCUGUAAUACAGUCAUGCAUCACUUUUAAUGACUGGGAAAUAUUCUGAGAAAUGCAUUGGUAGGCAGUUUUGUCCUGUGUAAAUAUCAGUGUACUUAACACAAACCUAGGUGGUGUAGCCUUCUACACACCUAUGCUGUAUGGUAGGGCCUAUUGCUCCUAGGCUUCAUACUUAUGCAGCAUGUUACUGCUUCAAAACCGUAGGCAGCUGUAUCUAAACAUAGAAAAAGUAUAAUAAAAACACAGAAUUAUGGGACCA